AUGCAAAACGUGCGUCGAAAAAUUGUGGAGCGUAUCCUCAACGAUUGUGAAGUGGAUCAGGCAAACGUACAAGCUUUGGAUCAAGCGCUAUCUGAACUCACGGAUUCGCGGACGUCUGGAGAAAUGCGCUGCAUCGCGACACCGGCUGCCAACUUCCCUAUCAACAUUCGCGAUGAGAUUCGGGGACUUCGGAAGGAUUGCGAAUUUUUGCAUCGUUUGGCGAGAGUCACGUCUACCUCAACGACGAUCGAAAAUGCCCUCGAUGAAGUGCAGCUAGAUGAAAUUUUGGCGCCGUAUCAUCCAGAAAGUCCGAGGAAAUUUGAGGAGGAACUGCAUGCUGCUGAAAGG